UUCCUAUACUUUUCAAACAUUUCUAUUUUACUUUUCCAUUUAAUUUCUCAUUUCAAUUCAAUCGUGCCCAAAAAGCUGCAUUAAGCUUAUUAUACCCCAUUCAUAAAUUUUCCUUUUAUUUUCUUCAACAAAAGAAAUAAAAAUAAAAAUUUACUCAUGUCAAAUGAAAGUGAUGAGUUUUCUACGGAGAUUGUGCAGAAGACUGGCCCAAAUGGUGGUCCAAUUUCUUUCUCUGUUAGAAUACGACCUAAAAUGCCAGAUUUCCUUAGUUAUGUCAAUCUAAAAUAUGUGAAAUUAGGCUAUGGUUAUCUCAUUAGCCAUCGCUUGUAUUUACUAUUGGCACCCCCUCUUCUUGCACUCUUCAUUAAUCAUAUUGGAAAGUUCACAUGGAAAGAUAUAUUUGUGAAAUAUGAAAUCACCGAGGCUCUAUUUAUCUCAGGACUUUUGGUCCUAAUGCUCUAUUUUUAUAUUAAUUCUACACCUCGCUCUACCUAUUUGCUUGAUUUUUCAUGUUUUCGCCCUUCAAAUGAAUACAAGGUCUCAAAAGCAGAAUUCAUUGAGUUAGCAAAAAGAUCUGGGAAUUUCAAUGAUACUGCCAUAAAAUUUCAAGAACAAGUUCUUAAGAAAUCUGGCAUAGGAGAUGAGACUUAUAUGCCAAAAGGAGUUUUUCGGCCUGGUUACACACCAUCCUUGAAAGAUGGCAGAGAAGAACUAUCCAUGGUUAUGUUUGGUGCAAUUAAGGAUGUUCUUUCUGCCACAAAAGUAAAACCAAAAGAUAUAAAAAUUCUUAUAGUAAAUUGUGGAAUAUUCAAUACAACUCCAUCAAUCUCAUCAAUGGUAAUUAAUCAUUUCAAGCUUAGGCCUGAUAUUCAAAGCUUUAACCUUGGUGGCAUGGGUUGUGCUGCUGGAAUCACAGCCAUUGAUCUAGCUAAAGACCUUCUUGAUGGUUCUCCAAGUUCUUAUGCACUUGUAGUUAGUACAGAAGCUGUGAGUUAUUCAUGGUAUAGUGGUAAUGACUUAGACAUGCUUAUUCCUAAUUGCUUCUUUAGAAUGGGAACUGCAGCCAUCAUGCUCUCCAAUUUUCGUCUCGAUAGAUGGCGCGCUAAGUAUGAACUUAAACAGCUGGUGAGAACUCACAAAGGAAUGGACAACAAAAGCUACAAAAGCAUACACCAAAGGGAAGAUAAAGAAGGGAAGAGAGGACUUUCAAUAAGCAAAGAUGUAAUUGAAAUUGGAGGCCAUGCAGUAAAAGCCAACAUUACAACACUUGGUCCACUAGUACUACCUGUUUCAGAACAACUUCACUUCUUCACAAAUUUACUCUUCAAAAAAAAGAAAACAAAGCCAUACAUUCCAGAUUACAAGCUAGCUUUUGAGCAUGUGUGUGCAUUGGCAACAAGCAAAAAAGUGUUGGAUGAGAUACAAAAGAAUUUGGAGCUGACAGAGGAAUACAUGGAAGCAUCAAGGAAGACAUUGGAGAGAUUUGGCAACACUUCUAGUAGCAGUAAUUGGUAUGAACUAGCUUAUCUUGAGUUCAACAAAAGGAUCAAAAAGGGUGAUAGAGUUUGUCAGAUAGCUUUUGGGUCUGGAUUCAUGUGUAAUAGUCUUGUUUGGAAGGCACUUAGGAAUGUUGGCAAACCAAAACAGAGUCCUUGGAUUCAGGAUCAAAACUGAAUGUUUAAUAGUUGCUAGAUUUGCUUCAUUCAAUAACAUUAUAGGUAUAUAUAAUAUGUAAUUAUAAUGUGUUCAUAUUAUGAGCAAAUACAUCAAUUAAUUAAAUAAAUAAAACAAAAAACUAAG